AUGGCAAAAGAAAGGGGAACCUCUCCAUCCUCCCACGGCCGCCACCCCCGCUCCGACCUGCCUUCCGACGGCCGCCCCUCCGCGCCCGGGCGGGCCGCGGCCACUUCCCCGCUACAGCCCCGAGCGAGGCCGCCGAGGGGGGGCGGGGCGGCCCUCCGCCGCCCGCUCACCUGCUGCUGGGGCUGCGGGCGCCGAGGCUGCGGUGGCGGGCCGGCCCGGCCGCCGCUGCCCGCGUCCACGCAGGCCACCUGCGCCACCAGCUGCCGCAGAGGCGCCUCAACGGCUGCGAAUAGCAAUCGCCGCCGCCGCCGCCGCUGCUGCCGCCGCCGCCGCUGCGCUGCUCCCGCGCGGCUCCCGCUCGGCGCCCGCUAG